AUGGCCUCUCGGCGGAUCACACGGGAAACGUUUGAUGCUGUCGUGCAGGACAAAGUUAAAAGGUAUCGCAUGGAGCGGGGUGAUGCUGGGCAGGACACGAUCCAUCAUUUUAAAGCUCAUUCAAGGCCAGUCCCAAGGCCAAGAUAUGAAGACAGUUAUCAUGAUGAUGGGAGAUACACUCAUGACAACGCCCAGUACCACCCCCAUGAUGACUGGAGCGAAGACCCCAGAGAUGAUUACCCAGGACCUUCUUACAGAUCCACGAGUCCCCUCCUGAGGAAGGACAACUAUUACCAUGAACAGUACGGCCGCCUGGCCCCUCGUGACAGGGACUUUGGCCGCCUGGCCUCUCGUGACAGGGACUAUGGGCGUCCAGCUUCCCACAACAGGGAUUAUGGGCAUCCAGCCCCUCACAACCGGGAGUACGGGCGCCCGACUUCCCACGACCGGGAAUACGGGGGCCUGGCUCCUCAUGAGCAGGACUAUGGCCCUCCUGACUCUUGGGAAUCUGCUGGACCACAUGAAACUGACUUUAGUUCUUCAGAUAUUUUAGGGGAUUUUAGAUCACCGGGACUGAUGGAAGAUGAAUAUGGCAACAUGGAGAACCAGGAGUACGAUGUGGAGUUUGGAAUUCAGUCUGACAGUGAGUUCCGACCCCUGGGACGGAGGGGCAGCCUUGGCAGGGGAAGAGCUCUGCGGGGAAAGCAUCUUGUGAGGGGUGCUGUUAAAACCAAAGUAUUCAAAGGAGACCUCAAAACUCCCCUGAAGAAAUGGAACAUGAAAAAACUGCCCCCAGGCCCUGAGCAGAAGCCAGCUCUGCAACCUGAUCCCACCACAGAAUCCAUGGAACAACCCGACCCCAGGCCGGGGAGCGCCCAGCACCCCAACCAAAAGUUGCCACCACGACCUAAUCAGAGACCAGCUCUGAUAACCCAGAGGCCUCUCCUCAAGCUCCGAAAGCCUGCACACUUUUUCAGGAAUCUCAGCUUCGACCUGGUGGAUAAAUCAGACAUUUUUUCAACCUUUGGAAUAGAAAUUAUAAAAUGGGCUGGGUUUCACGCCAUCAAAAAUGAUGCAGAAUUUUCCCGGCUCUUUAGGGCCCUCUUUGAGCUAGAGACAGAAACCUGUGCAAAAAUGCUGGCUUCCUUCAAAUGCUCCUUAAAGCCAGAACACAGAGAUUAUUGUUUCUUCACUAUCAAGAGUUUACAACACGCUGCUCUGAAAACCCCCAAAGUGGACAACGAGUUUUUAAACAUGCUGUUGGACAAGGGUGCUGUGAAAACAAAGAACUGCUUCUUUGAAAUCAUAAAACCUUUUGAUAAAUACAUCAUGAGGCUCCAAGACCGGCUCCUGAAAGGUGUCACCCCCCUGCUCAUGGCCUGCAAUGCCUACGAGCUGAGUGUCAAAACCAGUGGGUUUGGGAACCCAAGAGAAAUGGCAACUGCUUUUGAGACCACUGUUUCUCUCUGUCGUAAAUCUUUAGCACUUCUGGGGCAGACCUUUGCCCUGGCCUCUGUUUUUAGGCAAGAGAAAAUCCUUGAAGCUGUAGGGCUCCAGGAAAUGGCCCCAGCACCGACACUGUUCCCAAACUUUGAUGAUUCAACCUUGUUUGGGAGAGAGUACAUUGAAAACCUGAAGGCUUGGUUGGAGAAGAGUGGAUAUCCAAUUCAGAUGAAAACAGCUGAACCAGAGUCCACAGAACAGCUGAAAAAACCCACUCCUGACACAAAAGGUAAAAUCAGAAACACUGACUGGAUUUCAUGUCCUCCUGCAGCCCCACAACGAGCUGAUCGGAAGGUUGUGGAGACAAUUGAGCAGCUGGUGAACAACAUUGUUUCAGGAACCUUGUCUGCCAAAGAGAGGAAUGCCCAAAAGAACUGCCCUGAAUAUUGGUUCUUGUCUGAUGAAGACAGUCUGGAAUACAAGUAUUACAGGCUGAAGCUGUCAGAGGUGCAGAGGAGAACAGCAGCUGGGAAGGAAGCAGGGGGUGAGGGCACAACACUAGAAGCUGCCACAGAAUCAGUCAGGGCCAUGUUGUAUGCCAGGAAAGUUGCCAGUAUCAAGAGAAGACUGUUCAAAAGAAAAAGGCUUGGGAUUAUCACACAACGUGGCAUUCGAGGAAGGAAGGUGAGGAGAGCAACCACAGGGACACAGACUGUGCUCUCAGCUGGGACAGUGCUGAAGCACCAAGACAAACAUCUCCAAGGUUCAGUCCAGUCAAAGCCUUCUGCAGAAACCAGCCUGGCUGAGAAGAGCUCUGCCCUUGAUAGCACCUCAUCCUCACAGGGUGCCACCAGUGCAGAGGUGUCUCUGCCAGCAGAAGAAAGGGCAGAUUCCGAGGAUUUCUUAGCACCACCUGAACUUUUCCAGCCAUUGUCCUCUCAGUUUCCUGAUGUGGAUGCUAAAACAAUGGAAACUGCUGAGAAGCUUGCCAAGUUUGUUGCUCAGGUAGGACCAGAAAUUGAGCAGUUCAGCAUAGACAACAGUGCAGAUAACCCAGAUCUUUGGUUUCUGCAGGAUCGGAACAGUUCUGCUUUCAAAUUCUACCGAAUGAAAGUCUAUGAGUUGUGUCCUUCCAUUAACUUCAGUGCUGUGUCAGAAGCAGCUGAUGUUGGGGAAAGUGCUAAGCCUGAAGAGAGAAAUUUGGAUGUUUCAGAAGAGGAAGAGGAUGAAGAAGAAGAGGAAGAAGAUAAUGAGGAGGAAGCUGAGUUUGAGGAAGAGGCACCAGCUCCUGCUCCUGGUACCCCAUUUCCUCGCAAACGAAUCAGCAGCAAGUCUCUGAAAGUUGGUAUGAUUCCUGCAUCCAAAAGGAUCUGCCUCAUAGAAGAGCCAAAAGUGCAUGAACCUGUCAGAAUUGCUUAUGAUAGGCCUCGUGGUUGCCCAGUGACAAAGAAGAAGAAGAAACCAAAAGAUUUAGAGUUUUCCCACAAGAAGCUGACAAACAGGAACGUGGGUUUCCAGAUGCUUCAGAAGAUGGGCUGGCAAGAAGGGCACGGCCUUGGGACACGGGGAAAAGGAAUCAGAGAGCCUGUAAAAGUGGGUGCUACCUCUGCAGGGGAGGGCUUGGGUGUUGCAGGGGAAGAAAAUAAAGAAGAUGCAUUUGAUGUUUUCCGUCAAAGAAUGAUACAAAUGUACAGGCAGAAAAGAGCAAGUAAAUAG